GCCCACGGGAAAGCCUCUGCUGGCUGCCGUCUUCCAGCCCCCACUGGAACGCGCCUCCCUGUCCUCAGUGCCUCUCACUGAGCCCUUUCGGAACGGACGACGGCGUCCAUAAAGGCGGCUGCGCUGCUGUCUCGCUUCGUUCUUUACCAGCCCCUCCCUCUCCCGCGCCCCCACUACCGCCCCCACAAGCCCCGCAGCUGGAACGGAUUCUUCUGGCUCGGGAAGUAAGGCCGCUUAUGUUUCCCUCAUCGCCUCCCCAGCCCCAACUCCAGCCACUACACACUCAUCCGUCUACACACAGAGGCCGCUCCGGGAGUUGGCCUGCUUCUGAAAAUGAGAAAAAAGGACAUUUUAAACGUCCAGAGAUAAUCGCAAGAAGCUACACGCCGCUGUGCGAUUUUAAACUUUGUGUGUAUUCUGCCUGGUGACUGGUGAGUAAGUGGGCUCAGGGAUGCCAUUGGCUGGUUGACCCACAGCCGGCCAAUCCUGGGCUCUAGACCAUUCUUUGGCAUCUAAGGACUCUGUGGUCACAGUGGACCCGGUGCCGGGUCCCGCGGCCGCGCACGCCGCGACUAAUGCGAGGCGAAGAAAAGGGUUUUUUCUCCGCUUUCAGAACGUUUUGUUCUCCGAUUGUGAUUAUGAGACUAGAGAGAAGAAGGACAACAGGAAAAUCUUCAUUUGAGCGUCAGAGGAGAUAAAACGCAGAAGUGAAUUCGAGAAGGCGUCGUGUCGCUGACUCUCCCGGGAGCCGCCCGUUUGGCUCAGAUGGCGCCAGAGGCUGCCCUGCGCGGGUCGGCGCCCCGCUCGCUUCUGACCUUCGCGCUCCUCAGCUGCUCUGCGCUGCCCUCAGCCCAGUUUACUGUCGUGGGGCCAGCUGACCCAGUCCUGGCCAUGGUGGGAGAAGACACCAUGUUCCACUGCCACCUUUCGCCCGAGAAGGACGCGCAGCGCAUGGAGGUGCGCUGGUUCCGCGCGCAGUUCUCCCGGGCGGUGCUCGUGUCUAAGGGCGGGCGAGAGAAAACGGAGGAGCAGAUGGAGGAGUACCGGGGAAGGACCACCUUGGUGAGCGAACGCAUCAACACCGGGAGCGUAGCGCUCGUCAUCCGCAACGUCACAGCCCACGACCACGGCAUCUACCACUGUUACUUCCAAGAAGGCAGAUCCUACGACGAGGCCAUCGUGCGCCUGAUGGUGGCAGGCCUGGGCUCUAAGCCCCUCAUUGAAAUAAAGGGCCAGGAGGAUGGAGGCGUGCGGCUGGAGUGCACGUCCAGAGGCUGGUUCCCGGAGCCCCGUGCAGUGUGGAGGGACCCUCUCGGUGCGAUCAUGCCGGCCCUGGAGGAGGCUUACACGGCGGACGCAGACGGCCUCUUCGUGGUCACCACGGCCGUGGUCAUCAGGGACUGCUGCAUGAGGAACACAUCCUGCUCCGUCAACAACACCCUGCUUGGCCAGGAGAAGGAAACUGUGAUUUUCAUCCCAGAAUCCUUUGCUCCCAGCACCUUUCCCUGGACAGUGGGCCUCGCUGUCAUCCUGCCUUCUCUGCUCCUCUUCACCGCCGGGAGCAUCUGUCUCAUCAGGAAACUCCACAGGGGAAAAGAGGUUGAAAAUGAAGAGAAGGAAAUUGCAUGUAAGGAAUUGGAGACAGACCAUGCGGAAAAAGAGAAAGAACAUCAAAUAAAAGAGCAACUUCAAGAAGAAUUACGAUGGAGACGAGCCCUGCUACAGGCCGCUGACGUGGUCCUAGACCCGGACACCGCUCAUCCUGAGCUCUUCCUGACGGAGGACGGGAGAAGUGUGAGAAGAGGCCCCUCCAGGCAGAGUGUCCCCGACAACCCGGAGAGAUUCGACUGCCGGCCUUGUGUCCUGGGCCUGGAGAGCUUCUCCUCAGGGAGGCAUUACUGGGAGGUGGAGGUCGAAAACGUGAUGGUGUGGGCUGUGGGGGUUUGCAGAGACAGUGUUGAGAGGAAAGGGGAGGCCCUACUGGUCCCCCAGAAUGGCUUCUGGACCCUGGAGAUGUUUGGAAACCAGUACCGGGUCCUGUCUUCCCCUGAGAGGAUUCUUCCCCUGAAAGAGCGUCUUCGUCGGGUGGGCGUCUUCCUGGACUAUGAAGCUGGAGAUAUCUCCUUCUAUAACAUGAGGGACAGAUCACACAUCUACACAUGUCCCCGUUCACCCUUUUCUGGGCCCCUGAGACCCUUCUUCAGGCUGGGGUCUGAUGACAGCCCCCUCUUCAUCUGCCCAGCCUUCACAGGGGCGCGGGGGAUCCUGGUGCCUGAGGGCGGCCUGAUCCUCCACAGGACAGGGACCCGUCACAGCCCCCACGAACAGUGCCCUGGCCUCAGAGCCAAGUAGAGAAGCCUUGGCCAUCUCUGCACAGCACCCCGGAAGGAAACAGGCCCUCCUUCCCGGUGCACACACGGAAGAACCUCCUCCAGAGGCCCCUCCGCCCCCCGCUUCAGGCCCAGCCCCAUCCGCCCCUCAUUAGGCUGUUGCUUUAGUAACUCGUCUGCUGGGAACCAUGGGGCAGGGUCCGGCCUCAGAGAGGGGCUGCCACAUGGCUCCCACCCAUGAAGAGUGUGUGAAAGUGACAGGCUCUCCCAUCAGAGUGACACAUUGAGCCUGACGCUCAGGUUGACGUCAGACGCUGUGGACUCAGGGCAGGGGCAUCUGGACACAGCAGGCUGUGAGGGGAGGGAAGCCACCGCUGGAGGUCAGGGACAGAGGAAGCUGCCAGGGGGCUGGGAGCCUUGCCAUCACAGCCGAGGGGCGCAGGGGCUGACGGUCCAUUUCCACCCCUCCCCUGAGCUUUCCAGACCACACAGCAAAGCCCUCCCAGCCUAGAACUGAGCUGGAGAAGGAUGACGACACAUCUCGGCCUGCCUCAGGUGUCCCCUCAAUAAACUGGGAGUCAGUACUCAGUUACUGAGUGUGGCCUGAAGUCUAAGGUCUUAGCUGAGCAGGUGAGUACUGAACCAGAUGGAUCCCGGGGUUCAGGUUCAGUGGGGAAAGCAGCACUUUCCCACUUUUUGACCUCAGGCUGCCUUUAGACAUUAAAAAUUAUGGAGAGGGACCCCUGGGUGGUGCAGUCGGUCGAGUGUCCAACUCUUGGUUUUGGCUCAGGUCUUGAUCUCCUCUGGGGUGUGAAAUCGAGCCCCUGCAUGCUCUGUGCUCAGCAGUCUGCUUGAGAUUCUCUCUCUCACUCUCCCUCUGCCCUUCCUCCUGCUCUCGCUCUCUUGCUAAAUAAAAUCUUUAAAAAUGAAUAAAAAAAUAAAAAUUAUUGAGGACCCCAAAGAGCAUUUGGGUUAUAUCUGUCAAUAUUUAUGGCAUUGAAGAUGGAAACAGACAUUUUAAAAAUGUAUUUAUAAUUUAUAUUAAGAUAGCAAUAAUAAACCCAUAGUAAGUUAAUAUAAAAAUGUGUUUUAUGAAAAUAACUUGUUUCCAAGGCAAAAUAAAUUUUAUUGAGAAAUGUGGCAUUCUUUGACAUUUUUGCAAAUCUAAUAUCUGGCUUUUACUAGAGAUGGUCUGGACCCUCACAUGUGUGUCUGUACUCAGUGUUGGGGUAUCAUAGGCCAGGUCAUCUCUAGAAACUUCAUUGUACACUAGUGAGAGCAAAAACAAAUAAUGUCAUUAUUAUUGUUAUGUAAAUAGUAUUAACCUUGCAGACUCCUUGAAAGUGUAUCAGGGACCACCCCCACCCCCCCAAAUCUGCAAAUCAUAGGUUGAGAACUGGGAUAGAGGAUCCUGGAACAGAGUCAGGUAUCUAAAGUGAUGGCUUAAAUGGUAGUAAUCCAAUUGUAGAAAGUGGGCUGAAAAAAGGUAUUUAAAAACUACAGCAGUGACACAUGGACACCUUCUGAAAAGUAUGGGGCACUGAAAUAGCUGACUUGGUAAGAUGGAAGACUGGGUUAUUAACAUGUAUGUGUUGUUUUUAUUUUUGGUUCUCUUGUUACAGUAUUAUUUGAACAGGUUUAACCAAAAGCACAGGUCUGCAAGUCCAGUUGGGAAACCAGUGCUGCUCAUGAGUAGGCAGGCCAGGUGUGAAGUCCCGGUGGGUCCAAAGACCCGCCAAGAGGGUCCUGGGCUUUGAGCAGCAUAGAAAUCGAAGGCAAGCCAGGAAAAAGCGAGAGCAGUAAACUGAAUAGUGUAAGUGAUACAAUAUAGCAGACAGAGAGUCUGGGAGACUCAGAGAAGGGAGUGUCUGUUAGGAGCUUAUAUUGGAAAGGGGUCCAGGGUGCAUGUUCCUUAAGGAAUCCAGGUAGGAUCUAAUCAAAGGCGACUGGUGUUAUUCUAUAAAACCCCAAAGGUCGGGGAUAUUGACACCAGUGAAAACCGAGGUUUGUUGGAAGCUAGUGUCCCGAAACAUGCUCGGCCCACUUCUUCUCAGAUGUUAUCAGGCAUAUGGGGGCCUAGGAGGAAACUCAGAAUGAUGCACUUUCUUGCCUCCGUCUUGGAGUGGGAACAGAGCUUCUUUGGUUUACUCAGAUGCAAGGUGAAAUACAGAACAUGAGUACAUGGGGCCUACCAGAGAAACAGGAGAAAUGGAGUCUUCCUAAAAGGCAGUCCCUUCAGCUUCCCUCUGUCACUAAUAACUCUUAUGCUGAUUUUAAGCCACUUACAGCCUUGCAGUGUUUCUGCAUUCUGUACAAUAAAGCUUUGAGCAGGUUUGUGUAUCUUUUAGACGCUUUCACUUAUGCCGAACUCAACCCUGACCCUCAUCCUGAGAAAGAGGCCAGUGAGUGUUGGUGGAGAGAGGGGUGAUGGGUGGGCUGGAGGGUAUACUGUGGGAAAUCACUUGUAAAAUAAAUGAAAUCGAACACUUGGGAUAGGCAUUUAAAUUCCUCCAAACCAACUAAA